CUCACAACCAAAAAUAUGGAAGAAUGAGUGGACCAAGGGCAUUCUGGGAGCAUUGUAGAAUUCCAGGCUUGAUAUUCUAGCCUACCACUUAAAAACAUUUAAAGAUCUAUACAAUGGGAAAGAUAAAAGUUGAUGGAGCUAACUACCUUUUAAAAAGUAUAUGCACUCAUUUUGUGAAGAGACGAAGACUGAGCGGCUUGGCUGCGUUGUCGAUCUCGACCAGCAGUUGGCUUCUCCACGUAGAACUCGGGAGAAGGAGAUUCAGAAUCAGAUCUCUUCUCCCUUCUCCCUCCUGUGAGAUUUUUUUGAUCUUCAGCUACAUUUUUCGGCUUUGUGAGGAACCUUAUCAUCAAAGAAAAUGGCCAGCAAUCUUACCAACAAGACAGAUCCUCGCUCCAUGAACUCCCGUGUAUUCAUUGGGAAUCUCAGUACUCUUGUGGUCAAGAAAUCUGAUGUGGAGGCGAUCUUCUCAAAAUACGGCAAAAUUGUUGGUUGCUCUGUUCAUAAGGGCUUUGCCUUCGUUCAGUAUGUUAAUGAGAGAAAUGCCCUGGCCGCUGUGGCAGGAGAGGAUGGCAGAAUGAUUGCUGGCCAGGUUUUAGGUAUUAAUCUGGCCGCAGAGCCAAAAGUGAACCGAGGAAAAGCAGAUGUGAAGCGAUCUGCAGCGGAGAUGUACGGCUCCUCUUUGGACUUGGACUAUGACUUUCAACGAGAUUAUUAUGACAGGAUGUAUCGUUACCCAGCACGUGUUCCUCCUCCUCCUCCUGCUAUUGCUCAGGCUGUAGUUCCUUCAAAACACCAGCGUGCAUCAGGAAACACCUCACGAAGGGGCAAAAGUGCCUUCAAUUCUACGAGUGGACAGCGAGGAUCUGCUUCCAGUUCUGGAAAGUUGAAAGGCGAUGACCUUCAGACCAUUAAGAAGGAGUUGACCCAGGUAAAACAAAAAGUGGGUUCUCUACUGGAAAGCCUGGGGAAAAUUGAGACAGAACAGAGCAAACAAGGAGUAGAGAUGAAGAAUGGUAAGUCAGAAGAGGAGCAGAGCAGCAGCUCCCUGAAGAAAGAUGAGACUAAUGUGAAGAUGGAGUCUGAGGGGGGUGCAGAUGACUCUGCUGAGGAGGGGAACCUACUGGAUGAUGAUGAUAAUGAAGAUCGGGGGGAUGACCAGCUGGAGUUGAUCAAGGAUGAUGAAAAGGAGGCUGAGGAAGGAGAGGAUGACAGAGACGGCGCCAAUGGCGAGGAUGACUCUUAAGCACAUAGUGGGGUUUAGAAAUGUUGUCCCGUUAUUUCUUUACCUAGGCUUUUGUCGAAGAUCAAAAUUUUCACCAGAUCCUCUCCCCUAGUAUCUUCUUCAGUGCAUGCUCACUGUUCUCCCCAUCCUUGUCCUUCCCAUGUUCAUUAGUUCAUAUUGCCCUGCGCCUAGUCCCAUUUUCACUUCCUUUGACGCUCCUAGUAGUUAUGUUAAGUCUUACCCUGUAGUUUUUGCUUUUAAUUUUGAUACUUCUUUAUGACUUAACAGUAAAAAGGAUGUGUGGUUUUUAUCAAUUGUCUCCAAAAUAAUCUCUUGUUAUGCAGGGAGUACAGUUCUUUCCAUUCAUUCAUACAUGAGCUCAGUAGUUGCUUCCCUAAC